GGUGCAAUGGAUGGCUUGACUAUGCGCCAGACCCACCACACGGGACUGUUCUGCGUGCCGUGGAGGUAAUACUGAGUGAACACGAUGCUGAAUUGCACGUACAGUUUAAACGUCUGCACUGCUCAGCGGUACAAUGGGCAUGGCCUAUGCUGCAGGGUGUCUUCGCUGCCAUUCUAUCGGCUGCCCAAUGGGCUGCGCUGUGGGACUGUGUGCUGUUAGAGAGAACGCCUCGGCUGAUCUACUACGUGGUCGUGGCAUUGGUUAAGUCUGAGAGACGCCAGUUGCUAAGCAUGCGCACGGCUGCCGAGAUAGAGUCGCACUGUUCGCGCGAGAGGCAGAUAAACGUACGAGAGAUCAUACGCAUCGCCAAACUUCUGUGCACGCGCACUAAAGUAAGCGAUUGCCCGUCUGUGCUGAUGGGGUUGGCGCCUACUGAAUUCUACCCAAUCCCUGGACCAUCCGAUGUAUCGCAACCCAAUGCAAACAGGACUCGACUCAAUCUCGGGUAUGGAGCUCUGAGCCGGCUACCGGGGCGGGGGGUGGCCGAAGAGGAUUUCAAUUUGGAUCAAAUACAAGACAAUUUAGAAGGACGACCCAAUUACACAGUGGACAAUAAAGGAGGACUCUCGGUCGAGGGCAUCUCGGAACGGAUACAGAGCCAGACAGAGAAGCUCAACUGGAAACACAGCCAACUGGCGAGGAUAUUAGAUGAGAAGGAGAACAUAAACAAAGACAUGGAAGACAACAGACGAGCGCUGAGUGCCAAAACGCACACACUGCGGAAGGCUCAGGUGCAAAAGGAAGUCAAGGCCAUGGUCACCAUGCUGGAUGUGGCAGGCAAAGCAAUGGACAAGGAAAUCAAU